AGGGAGGGAGGGAGGGAGGGAGGGAGAGAGAGAGAGAUAGAGAGAGAGACAGAGAGAGAGACUCAUUGUCUCACACCUCUGUAUCCUCUCACACACACAGUGAAAAAGAAGACAAGGACACGUAGGCUUAAUCUGUGUGGACCUCCUCUCACCCUUGCUGUCCUCCCCCUCAGUCUCGCCCCUCUCUCACACACUCAGCAGUAUAAUUUUCUUCACAGUACACUUUGACUGCUGUUAAUUCCAGCAACAAGAACCAAGAGGAGUGAAUCUGUGUUCUAAUCUCAAACAGUAAUUCAACCAAACUCAACACCAACGAAGAAGAAAGAACAAAUGUGACGACAUCUCGGAAGAGUAAAAACAAUCCACUAUAGGUCCUCUUCCAAACAGUGGACUGACUCAGAGAGCACCAUCGGACUGACUCAGAGAGCACCAUCGGACUGACUCAGAGAGCACCAUCGGAUUGACUCAGAGAGCACCAUCGGACUGACUCAGAGAGCACCAUCGGAUUGACUCAGAGAGCACCAUCGGACUGACUCAGAGAGCACCAUCGGUCUGACUCAGAGAGCACCAUUGGACUGACUCAGAGAGCACCAUCGGUCUGACUCAGAGAGCACCAUCGGACUGACUCAGAGAGCACCAUCGGACUGACUCAGAGAGCACCAUCGGACUGACUCAGAGAGCACCAUCGGAUUGACUCAGAGAGCACCAUCGGACUGACUCAGAGAGCACCAUCGUAUUGACUCAGAGAGCACCAUCGGACUGACUCAGAGAGCACCAUCGGUCUGACUCAGAGAGCACCAUUGGACUGACUCAGAGAGCUCCAUCGGUCUGACUCAGAGAGCACCUCCAGGGACUUUGAGACAAAACAGAGAAGUACAGAACCACUAAAGCCCACGAGAGACAAAGAAACUAGAGACACAUACAGCCCAGUAAAGACUGGAGCAAGGCACUAGAAACACAUAUAGCCCAGUAAAGACUGGAGCAAGGCACUAGAGACACAUACAGCCAACUGAAGACUGGAGCAAGGCAGGGAAAUUAGCCCCAGUAGCUCACCACUACUACCACCAGUACAGCCACCACCAGUACAGCCACCACCAGUACAGCCACUGCCAUGCAGGUGUCGUUUGCAUGUUCUGACCAGGACGGAGGAAGAGGAGGGCUGAGGCCCCCGGGGAAUGGAGGUCACAGCAAGCAGAACGCCACCAGCCCCAACACGGCCAGCCAGGCGCGGGCACGCUUCCGUACCGUGGCCCUCAUCGCCCGCAGCCUGGGCUCCCUGACCCACCGCUACCAGCACAACCUUAAGGAGUCCACCGCCAAGCUCACUGGCAUGAAGUACCGGAACCUGGGAAAAUCAGGCUUGCGUGUGUCCUGUUUGGGCCUCGGUACUUGGGUAACGUUUGGAGGUCAGAUUUCAGAUGAGGUGGCUGAGCAGCUGAUGACCAUAGCAUAUGAGAAUGGGGUCAAUCUCUUCGACACAGCCGAAGUUUAUGCCGGUGGGAAAGCUGAAAUAAUCCUGGGGAACAUCAUCAAGAAAAAGUGCUGGAGGAGAUCCAGUCUGGUGAUCACCACCAAGCUCUACUGGGGUGGAAAAGCCGAAACCGAGAGAGGACUCAACAGGAAGCACAUCAUUGAAGGUCUGAGGAGCUCCCUACAGAGGAUGCAGCUGGAGUACGUGGAUGUUGUGUUUGCAAACCGGCCCGACAGCAACACUCCCAUGGAGGAGAUUGUGAGGGCGAUGACCCAUUUGAUCAACAAUGGCAUGUCCAUGUACUGGGGGACAUCACGAUGGUCUGCCAUGGAGAUUAUGGAAGCGUACUCAGUUGCACGACAGUUUAACCUGAUCCCUCCGGUGUGUGAGCAGGCUGAGUACCACUUCUUCCAGAGGGACAAGGUGGAGACACAGCUACCUGAGCUCUACCAUAAGAUAGGUGUGGGUGUGGUCUCCUGGUCACCUCUGGCCUGUGGAAUCAUCACUGGGAAGUAUGAGAAUGGCAUCCCAGAAUGCUCCAGGGCCUCCAUGAAGCCGUACGCCUGGUUAAAGGAGAAGAUAGUGAGCGAAGAAGGGAGGAAACAACAGGCCAAGCUGAAGGAGCUCACUACCAUCUCUGAAAAGCUGAGCUGCACUCUGCCACAAUUAGCUAUCGCCUGGUGUCUGAGAAAUGAAGGAGUGAGCUCAGUGCUGCUGGGAACAUCCAACCCCAUCCAGCUUAUAGAGAACCUGAGGGCCAUGGAGGUCAUUCCAAAGAUGACAGCAGGCAUUGCCACAGAGAUUGACCACGUCUUGGGAAACCAACCCCACAGGAAGAAGGACUUCCAACAAGCACAUUAGGAUGGAGCCAUUCUACAGAACUGUGACUAAUCUGGACCAGCUCUCAUCAGUGGCACCUCCAGUCAGUGGCACCUCCAGUCAUUGUGUGCCCAACCCUGUUUGUGUGUGUGUAUGUGUGUGUGUGUUUUCUACGCAGUUCCUCGUCCUGCCACGUCCGAUUAAAGAUCAACCAGUACUCAGUGUCGUUAACUGAGAGCUCUGCUUGACCAAGCAUGCAUGCCACACAGCUGCUCCACUCCACUUCAGUGCAGCUCAAACCUGUCGAACUAACCAGCCGUUAUCAAGAUAGCAAUCAAGUCAGACUAAGAUCAACUGAAUCAGUUGCGGCUGCUGAGGGGAGGAAGGCUCAUAAUAAUGGCUGAAAUAGACUGUAAUGGAUAGAAUUGUAUCAAACACAUGAAAACCAUGUUUUUGAUACCAUUCCAUUUACUCCAUUCCAGCCAUUAUUAUGAGCCGUUCUCCCCUCACCAGCCUCCACUGAAUCUGAUGUGCAAAUCCCUUAUGGUACACCCAGCUGUCCCGCAUUCUGUGUAGAAGCCUUUGUAGGCUAAAUGGGACAUUCAUAAGGACAAACUCUUGGACAGACUGUGUUCCUGUCCUCAAAGUGAUGGACAUGGACAAAUGAUCUGUCCAUGAGGGUCAGUGCUGUUGGAGCCCCUCCUAUCCUACAACCUGAGUGCUUACCUAACCCUGCAUUGUUGUAGUGAUAAUUAACUGUUUCGAUACAUGCUGACAUCUUGUGGUUUUUAACUUUUUUUCCCCCAUCGUGAUGCUAAAAUACCAACAGAGAUGUGUUGGAUUGAAUAUUUCAAAACAUAUUUCAAAACAUGUGUAAUGACUGUUAAGUGAUUAUAUAUUUUCUUGUCAAUGAAUGCAGAAGAACACAGUAUUAUUAUGAUAGUACUUUCAUAGUAUCUCCCCAUUUCUCUCUAACAAUACAUUGUCUCUUCUGCUAACAGAUAUUGCAGGCAUGUACAUAGGUCUACCAUUGGUGUAAGCAGCAUUACUGGAUGCUAUCUAGUGCCCUCAUUGCACAUACCAAUAUAUUUUCAUUUUAUCCAAGUUAAACUCAUGUAUAUGAUGUAUAUUCUACCCUGUCAUUGCACCUGGGCUAAAACUGAAUACAAUGUCUGUUCAAAUGUAAAAUGGUAUAAUGAGAUUAUGUUAGAGGUUGAGAGUUCAGUCAAGACUCUUUAAUUAAUUGAUGUAGUUGUUCAUUUGUACAUACUGUAUAUAAAUAAAUAUCCAGUGUGAA